CUCAACAUCCUACCUUCUUUCCUCCACCGAUUUCCAUAAAGUAUUGACAAGAUGAAGUGGGUCACCUUCAUUUCCCUUAUUUUCCUCAUCAGCUCUGUUCAUUCCAGGGAAAUCGUCCGUCGAGAUGCACAUAAGAGUGAGAUUGCCAAACGAUAUAGAGACUUGGGUGAAGUGAAUGUGAAAGGCCUAGUGUUGAUCACAUUUGCUCAGUUCCUCCAGAAAUGUCCAUAUGAAGAUCAUAUAAAAUUAGUGAAUGAAGUCGUGGAAUUUGCAAAAGGCUGUGCUGCUGAUGAGACAGCAGAAAAUUGUGACAAAUCCCUUCACCAACUAUUUGGCGAUAAGUUAUGUAGUCUGCCAAAUUUUCGGGAGAGGUACGGCGAAAUGGCAGAGUGCUGCACUAAAGAAGAACCUGAGAGAAAUCAAUGUUUCCUGAGCCACAAAGAUGACCACCCAGACCUCCCUAAAAUCGAAGCCGCUAAUGCUGACACUCUUUGCCACAACUUCCAAGAGAAUGCAGACAGAGUUCUGGGAAAGUACCUGUAUGAAGUUGCCAGAAGACACCCGUACUUCUAUGCCCCUGCACUCCUUGCCUACACUUUUCAGUACAAGGAUGCAGUGGGAGAAUGUUGCCAGUCUGCUGACAAAGCUACGUGCCUCCAAGAAAAGCUUCCUGCUUUGAGAGAAAAAGUAUUAUCUGCAGGUGCAAGACAGAGAUAUCGAUGCUCCAGUUUAGACAAGUUUGGAGAGAGAGCUGUCAAGGCUGGGUAAG